AUGGCCACUGUUCGCAAAGUUAACUUCCUCAGCCAUGGCAUCAACGUAAUCGGCGAUCUAUACCUACCCUCCCCAAACGCACCAGACCGCAAAAAUGCCGCCCUUAUUGUCGGCCACCCCGGUACAGCUAUCAAGGAACAAGCGUCUGGAUUAUAUGCCAGAAAGCUAGCCGAACAUGGCUUCAUCACUCUCGCGUACGAUGCAGCCUUCCAAGGUGAGAGCGGAGGGGAGCCACGUUACCUAGAAGAUCCGUACCAACGAGUCGAGGACCUCAAGAGCGCCGUAACAUUCCUUUCAACUCUUGACGGCGACGUUGACCCCGAAAGGAUCGGAGUUGUUGGAAUCUGUGCUUCUGGAGGCUACGCGAUCUUCGCUUCACAGACUGAUGUGCGCAUGAAGGCCGUGGCGACCGUAGUCGGCGUUUGCGUGGGUGGUAUGCAUCGCAACAGUUUGAGAGACGACUCUGGAAACAUCAACCCAGAAACACUGCAUCAGCGCCUGAGUUUUGCAGCGCAAGAGCGCAUCUCAGAAGCCAAGGGAGGAAAGCCUGCCACAUUCAGCACGCUAGACGUUUUCGAGGAGGCAAAGACAUACUAUUCAACUCCGCGUGGGUACCAUCCCAAAUGCAACAACCUGCAACUUGUGAGGAGCUUCGAAAAGCUGUCCACAUACGACUCCUGUGCUUUCAUCGACUAG